AUGGUCAAUCACACGACAGCACCACGGCCAACGCCACGCCUCACCGCCACCGCCACCACCCUCGCCCUCGCCCUCGUCGCAGCUCUGGUUGCAGCCGCCGCCCAGCUCCCCACCGCCCAUGCCGCCAAGCACAUCCUCUCUCCCUUCGCCUGCGACUCGGUCACCCUCCCCGCAUCGAAGCGCACGUUUGACCUCUCAUCCAUACACUACCCGCUCACCUGGUCCAACCUCGAACGCACCCCUCCCACAGAGACGCGCACCACCCUCCUCAUCGACCUCUGCAACCCGCUGCCCAUCGACCCAGCCACGCCGCAGCGCGACCAGUGUCCACCGGGAACGCGCAUCUGCAUCCUCAUCGAGAGCAUAAAGGACGACAAAACCACCCUCACACAGGCCAUCCCCGUAGCCUGGUCCGACGUCGACGGCGGCAAGCGCAUCGACGUCGAGGUCGACCACGACGACGGCGAGAGGGGCUUCACCCUCGAGCUGCCCGGCGCAACCUACGCCGACCGCGCGCAAAAGGCAGAGGUCGAACUCAUCUGCGACCCGAGGGCCGACCAGAACGCCCACCCCACCUCGCAGACCUACGACCGCGCAAAGGGAAAGCUCCACCUAAAGUGGCCCACCAAGUUUGCCUGCUCCUCGUCCUCGUCCACGCCCCCCAAAUCGCCCUCAUCCGGCGACGGCGGCGGCGGCGGCAAGGGCGACGACAGCAACCCAGCCGAACCAGCCGCAUCUGCGGGCUGGGGCUUCUUCAGCUGGCUCUUCUUCCUCGUCUCGUUCGGCUUCCUCGCCUACAUGGCCCUCGGCGCCUACAACAACUACAACCAGUACGGCGCGUCCGGAUGGGACCUCGUGCCCCACCGCGACUUUUGGAGAGAGUCGCCCUACAUUGCCCGCGACGCCGCCAGCCACAUGUGGCGGUCCAUCGCCGGCGGCUCCGGCUCCGGCUCCGCGGGCGGCCUGGGCUUUGGCGGCGGUGGCGGUGGUGGCGGUGGGCGAGGUGCCUAUGAGCCCUUGUGA